AUGUUUCAGCAGCUCACAAGCACUAUUCGGCUACCACAAACAGAAUUAGGCCUCGAGCUUGAUUCUGUCAUUCCUCCAGUACAAUCUGUCACUAAGCGCCCUACCCGCCUAACUCAUCCAUAUGUUCAAUUUUGGACCAAUGAAGACUUUGUAGCAUGGCUGGAUUCUCCUGAUGGCCGUCGAGCCAACCGCGGGAAAGUACCAUACCUCGAGGACGAAAACGGUGACCCACUUACAGAUGCGAUGAUCAAGGCUAUUUGGAAGCUGCUUCGUGGUGCUUGGGCAGAACUUAUCAGGCGCAAACUUGCACCAAAGACGUGGGGUAAAGCAUCUGCAACUGCACGACAGGUUGUUCACACCCUGCUGGAGAACACAUAUCCAUUGUUUAAGUUUGCUGAUGACGGUUGGAAGCUCGAUUAUCUCAUCAGCACCUCGUAUUCUGCCUGGCGACGAAAUCAUGUUGAUGACCAUGGAAACUGGAAGAUGAAGAACAUCGACGACGACAAUGAGGAUGAGGAGGAGGAGAGUAGCGGAUGUUCUUCCAACGCCAAGGGUAAGAAACGUAAGCAGUCGAAGAACUCUUUCAAGCCUGACGUUCCCGAGAAAAAAAUAAAAGUUGAUCCUAUUCCUAUUAGCGUGCUGCUCUCUCCUAGUCCAAGUCUCACUCCUUCUCGAGCACUGUCUCCAAAUUUACCACUAGCUCCACUCUCCCUGACUAUGUUGCCCCUGCAAUCACUUGAUUUACUAGACACACCGUCUCCAAAGUUGCCUGACACUGCAGCUUCCCCAAAGUCUGUUCAAAUUUUGCCAACCACGACAGAGAAGCAGAGUAUCCCCCCGCCAGUACCUAGUACCACAGUUACUGUGCCAACUGAGAAGGAGAAUAUUCCCCCACCACCAGUGGCAGCACCUAGCAUUGCACCACAGCCAGUCAUUAAAAUCAAUAUGACAAACCCACUUUCUACACUCGCUCUAGCUGCUGUCGGCACGAUGAUACCACCUCUUCCACCCUCUAUCAAUCCUCCUCCGAGUCUUUCAGCUUCUGGCUCAACGUCUAUAAAGGGCCCAGGCAAGGCUGGCGAUGCCACAAAUGGGAGGGGCAGCAAAAUCAGCAAGGGUAAGAUGCGUCCAAGUCAGACUAAAAAUGGACGUAAUCUAUGUGUGCAUCGUUGGCUCAAGCAAGUCGAGAGCAACAAGACAACAGAAGAAUUUUGUGUUUAUUACGGGGAUCUCUCUGUGGACCAGCGCAAGGAAUACGAUAACGAGGCAGCAGAGCUAGUUGCCAACAAUGCUUGGGACAAGACAGUCUACGACGGCACAUUGCAUUAA